AUGUUCAAGGUGUGGAGGAUUCAGCGGAUACACAUCUUAAGAGGCUGCUUGAGCGACCCUGAGGUGGAGGAGGGGAUCCUCUACAGAUACGGUGGCACCUUGCAGCUUAAUUACACCAAGGGCGAAGGAGCGGCUGUACCUGUUUGGAUCCCUGUUAGAGGCACGUCUCAGCAGGAGGGCUUCCACUGUCACCAGGCCCAGUGGGUGACUGGCAACCGGGUGUCCACUGAGCUCUUCCAGGCCCAGGCCAUGACUGGAGUGGUGCGCUGGAACUUUCAGAGGCUUGUGGACCUGAAGCAGCCUGGUGUGGAGCUGCCAGCUGUGUUUGACCCCCUGCUCAUUUGGGAACUGAACGCAGCCUGUCAAAGGGUGACAGGGGUGCGAAAAUACCCAGCUCUGCACAUCUCAAACAGGGACACAGGGGAGAGAUUCGGGCUGCAGUACGUGGAGCCAGGCUGUCGUCCUGUGGUUUUAAACUGGGACAAACACAGGACACAGCACAACACCUCUGCUGCUGUAACCGUGGCAACACAGCUGCACUCCUCUGCCCUGGAUGAAGUGCAGGACAUUGUUGCGGGCACAGACUCUCAGGAGACCAGUGAUGGCACUGUCCAGGACAACCCAGUGGGAGCAGUGCCGAUCCUCAGUUUCCAGCCACCUAUGCCAGCAUCUGCCACAGCCAAAGAAGAGCCUCACCCUUUGAUGGAUACAGACCUGCGAGGGGUAGCGCCACUGCCCAUAUCCUCCUCUCCUCGAGCCGCCCGCACUGGACCCAUUAAGACGGGAGGCCUGGUUCAAGUCCUGGACCACGGCCGGUGGACGGCCCCCAUGAGAGCAGCCAUCGAUGGGCUUCUGGCUAAACAUCAUGGAGCCAAAGCUCUUCUGAAGAGGGUGGAUGAGGAAUAUGCUGCCAUGGUGCAGAGGGCGUGCACGGAUCCCAACAGCCUCCUUCAUCCGACCACAGGCCAGCAUAUCUCCAGAUAUGUCAAGCAUCUGGCCAAGCUGAAAAACACCAGCUCCUCUCUCAACACCAGCCCAGAGAAGGUUUUAGAGACAGCAGCUGUGGCAGAGUUUGACCACAGGCAGCAAAACAGUGUGUGUACCCGUCACAGCCCUGCCUCCUGCGACCGUCAACCCUCCAGCUGUGGCUCCCCCCCGGAGGAGUCACUGAGCCGGGCCACAGUGGAGAAGAUCGUGUCAGAGAUCCUCCAGAAACAGCAGCAACAACCAAGGCAGGAGAGAAAGGUGCCCAGAAACUGUUUGUCCUGUGGUCAGCCAAAGUCCAGGGAGCUUGAGGCUGUAAAGAGGAGGAGUGCAGCCGUGGAAGAAGGUGGCAGAGGAGGAGGACAAAGCGAAAGUCUGCAGUGCAGCUUCCAACAAGGUCGCCUGUGCAGAUUCUGUCACCAACCACUAAAGCAGGGUCCUGUCAGCCCUUCAUGUCCAUGCCUGGUUUCCCUGAUCAUCCCAGGGAACUACAUAUUACUGCCCUUCCCAGAGUGUUGUCACCUUUACAAGGACAAGGGCAAUGGUCAAGGAGAAGAUGACCUGGAUGGAGUUCCAGGCAGCGGGGAUACUGACCUCUAUACUAACGAGGAACACUGUGAAUACACGUUCCUCAACACGUCCAAGAACUUUGACGUCUACAGGUGGAACCGUGAGUCUGACCAAUUCAUUUCUGGGGGCACAAAUCCUUGA